AACACCAUAAACAAUCCAAGAUGGCGUCGAAUGUGUCAAAACGUUCGCAACGCUAGAAAUUCGUUCGGAUAUUGGGACGGAGUGGCGUUUGCGUUCAGAUUUACUUAUGGAGUAGCUGGUUCUUCUUCCUGGUGAUGCUUAGCGAGGGCCAGGAGUAUCAUCGUCAGUUGCUUUCUGCUUAUCUUCCCUUCGCUGCUGUACUCUACACCUUGGAGUAUCGUUUCCUCAAACUCCAGCAAAUCUUGCGCGUCGUAAUCCUUUUUAACUAAUUCUAAUAAAUCCUUGAGGAAACCCCGGAGCUCUUCGUUCUCGAUCGAUCCAUUGUUGUCCCUAUCAUACAGUGAGAAGACCCUUUCGAUGUCGUCUUUUGUUAGCUUUGUUGCGCCCUUGAAGACUUGUCGACAAAGGAAGUUCUCCUUGACAGGCAGCAGUUUGGCCAUUUCCGAGAGCUGCAGUCUACCAUCCUUGUUGGAGUCGAAAACUUGUAGCAUAGUGUCAGUAUAUUCAAUCAGUUUGUCCUCUGAAACAUCAUUGAUUUUCUUUGCCUCCUUCAAGAGAUCCCGGAGAAAAUUCUUUAGUUCAUCGGCUUCAAUGUAUCCGCUGCCAUCCGUAUCGUACUCUCGCCAUAUCUUCAUAAACUCCACACUGGACUCCAAAGGAUUGUCAAAUCUGAAGAGGAGGAGGAAAUUCUCCUCCAUAGGAAGCAGUUGUGCUAGCUCUCGGAUAUCAAUUUUUCCAUCUUGAUUGUCAUCGUAGGCCUCCAU